UCAAAUAAAGCGGUUGACUGUUGUUCGAUAAGGACACUCUUGCUGUGGUUUCUGUCACUCAAAGACACAAAGCACUGAUAGAGUGCAGUCAUGUAUGUCAAACCAAUACUUUGGAUCCUACUCUUCAGUUCUGUCCAAGAGGUGUCACUGCAGGAGUAUAAUUAUGAUGAUGAAACAUACGAGGAUCUACAGCCUCUGAGCUGCUCAACCACCGAGAACAUCAAAGGUGGAAAUGUCACCUACUCACAGGGAGGGAUGGAGGGAAGUGUGCUGACUUAUCACUGUGGCCCGGACCAAUACCCUUUCCCGGUCAGCUCCAGGCUCUGCGGCGAUGAUAAGGAGUGGUCGGUCAUGAGAUCAAACAAUGGAAGACAGAUUUCACGGGCCAUAUGCAAAGACAUCUUGUGUCCGGCUCAGCUCCAGCUGGAUCACGGUGACUUCUGGCCCCGGGACCAGUGGGCCCGUGUUGGGACGACGCAGACCUUCUCCUGCCAGGAAGGGUUCACCCUGUACGGCUCAGCCCAGAGGAACUGCACCAUGUCUGGGGAGUGGACAGGAACCACUCCCAUCUGUGACAACCACGCUGACGACUGUAGUAACCCAGGCAUCCCACCGGGGGCUUCGAGGUCAGAGGGUCGCUUUCAAACAGGGGAGAAAGUGAUCUACCGCUGCCAGGCUGGUCUGGAUCUGCUCGGGUCGGCUGAAAGGGAGUGUCUGGAGAACAGGGAGUGGAGCGGCUCAACACCACGCUGCCAAGGCGCACAUAUGUUUGACUCCCCCAGUGUUGUGGCAGCAGCCAUGGCCGGGUCCUUUGCAGGAGUCAUGGAUGUUAUCUCACCGGACUCCAAAAAGACUGAAUCGUCGGCGUCCUUUGCCCGCACCGUCCUUGUGUCUGAAGGCAGUCGUAUAAACUUUUACAUUUUACUGGACACAUCAGGAAGCAUCACAAAGCAGGACUUUGAUUUAUCCAGGAAUGCAACCAUUGCUCUCAUCAGAAAGUUGGACAGCUACGAGGUUCAGCUGAGGUUCCAUGUGUUGUCAUUUGCCACUAUGGUAAAAGACAUUGUAGACAUCACAUACUCGGAUAUCAGUGGAAACAUUGACGACAUCAUUUGGAUUCUGGAGGGUUUCAACUAUACCAGCCAUGGGCGUAAGACAGGAACUAACCUCUACGCUGCCCUCUAUAGAGUCAGUGAGAAGAUCAACUUCCUCAAGCAAAACAGCGCCAACAACCAUUUUAAUGAGACUCAAAACAUCAUAAUUAUAGAAACAGACGGUUACUCCAACACAGGCAAAAAGCCUGAGAUUGCCCUGGCCCAAAUCCGGAAUCUGCUAGGUUACAGAGAUCAAACCAGUGAUAACACAGAUGAAACCAAGCUGGAUGUCUAUGUAUUUGGUAUUGGCAGCAAAGUAAAAAAAGAUCAGUUGAACUCCUUGGCCUCAAAGAAACGUGGUGAGCAGCACUUAUUCGUUGUGCGAGACUACCAAAUACUUGGAGAGGUUUUCAACAGCAUCAUAAGUGACAAGAGUGUGACCAUGUGUGGGAUAGCUCAGGAAUGGGAGGAGUAUACGAAAACCUUCACCAGACCCUGGCAUGUCACUGUGGAAACAAUCAAUAAGAUAACGCCAGCGUGUGUUGGAUCCAUUGUGAGCCAGAACUGGGUGCUGACAGCUGCUCACUGCUUCGCCAGGGCGAGCACAGAAGACCCUCCGAAGGUGCACAUUGAUUACGGUGAGGGCAGGGUGGUUUCCGAGAGGGUGAUCAUGCACCCAAAGUACAACAUCAGGGCGCUCAAACACAGAAAUGUAUCGGAGUUCUACGACUACGAUGUAGCUCUGGUUCAGGUGACCAAGAGUAUCCCGCUCUCAUGGAAAGCCAGGCCUAUCUGCUUGCCAUGUACUGUGGCAGCCAGCAGAGCCAUGAAGAGAGUCAACUCCACCUGUCAGGAGCACAGGAAGGCACUACUACCGCACGAGGAGACAGCCGCCUUUUUCAUCAAUAAGAACGACAAAAUCAAACAAACACAUAUCCAGAUGGAGAGUCAUAGACCCAGCUGUGUGGAGAAGGCAAGGCAAACACUCAAAGACCCCACCAAUGUGACUUUGGAUGAGUACAUACCAGACAGAUUCCUGUGUACUGGGGGGUCCACAGCAUAUAAGGACCCCAUCACCUGUAAAGGGGACUCUGGUGGAUCCCUUUAUCUGCAAAAAAGAAAGCGUUACUUUCAGGUGGGAGUAGUGAGCUGGGGCACCACAAACGUAUGUGACACAGGCCUCAGAUGGACCAGCGACAAUCCGCCUCCCGAUGCACGAGACUUUCACAUCGACCUUUUCAAGAUAAUGCCGUGGCUGAAACAGCAUCUGGGUCAAGAGAUCCAGUUCCUGCCCGAGGUCGAACACCAAUAAUCCAUCAGCUGAGAACCGCCAAGAUUUACGCCAAAAUAACGUAAUGCAGUUUUCAAUAUAGCUCACACAGGAAUAAAGGACAAUCGUAGACAGUGAUAUCAAGUGUUUUCCAAAGCUUUAUUGUCAAAUAGAUGAGAGUUAAUUCACUCAGAAGGACGUCCUUAUUAUACACGAUAUAAAAACCAAAUAUUCCUCUUUUUAACACUGAAUUAUUUAUAUACUGAACAUGUAUAACAUAUGCAUGAAACUAGGCAGAUAUAUCAUAUGGAAAUAUAUCUGUACAUUGACAUAAUAAUGUAGAUCAAACACUGAUUUAAUCCAAGUUUAGUUACCAUUACAGGUCUUCUAUCAUUGUUGUAGUUAGCCAUUCAGAUUGCAUAAUACUGUGAGCAAUGACAAUCAGCUCUGCACAAAUCUCAGAUCUCACACCUCAGCUGCUUCACUGGCUGUUAUCUCUAUUUUUGCUGUGGCAGGGAGAAUGUGGAGGUCAAAGUUGUUAGAAGCCUAUCCUCCAAUCAGCCCUCAGAAAACUGCCUGAACAGGAUUUCUGAUUGGCUGUCUUUAAAGUUCGGCACAAAGUGGAUCUGGAGGAUCUCGGAGUAUCCCUCGGAGAGAGCAGGAGCCAGAAAGUGUUUCCUGUCCAGAAAGAGAUUCAGAUCAGUACCAGAGCCACUACCAGUAAAACUAUUACCAAGAUGAAGUUUGUUUUUUCAUAACAGGAAGCAAAGAAGAAGAAUCUGUGUAGCAUGCAUUUAGCUAGAUUUACUUAACCUCAGUGCUAAGCUUUUUUGCACAAGAAACGGUUUAUAUAUUAUAAGGGUUAGAUAUAUAUUAUAUAUAUUAUAUUAUAGAUAUAUAUAUUAUAUUAUAAGUUUAUAGGAAACAUCGUCAGUGUCACUCACUUGAAGCUGUGGAAAAUCAUGUCAUUGACCUUCAUAUGUUUGCUCUCUGAUGGAUUCAUCUCUCGGAACUGAAAACAAAUGUGCAUGAAUACAAACACUGGUGAAUAAAAACAGGAUAAAGCAA